AUGGUUCUCUCUCUAUCCGGUAGCAGCAGCAACGGUAUACCAAUACCGUCAUCUUCUGCAGCUUCCCCCACCUCUCCAAGAGGAAUCCCUUCCAGCAACAUUACGUCCUCGCCCAACAAUAACUCCAGCCCUAUUCCCAUUCCCAACUUGGGCAACUCUCUCUUCACCAAACGAAAAACCUCUAAUGCCAAAUAUAAGCCAUCCAAUCUUAGUAUUUCAUCAGUGCGGGAUAACAAGGUUUCAAGAACACCCAAACAAUUUGAAAUUCCUCAGGAAUUCUACAUGUAUUCAUCAUCAGUGCCAAAUCCAACAACCACUUCUCGACCUUCUUCAGUUUCUUCAUCAUCCAUGAUGAUGUAUGGCAUGUCAGCAGAUGAGUCAUCAUCAUCCCAUCAACCACCCCAUCAUCACUACCAUUCUAGUAAAUCUCUCUCUUUUGCUAAUACGAGCCAUCGUCAACAAGAUUUGCCAUUCUCUCCACCUUCCACCUCAUCAGCCAUGAUGAUCAACACAUCAACCAUUUCAAGAGGACAACAUGGAAUGCAUUCUGUUUCCUCCUCUUUUUCAAACUCGUCAUCUUUACAAGCCACUCCACAUUCUGCAUCAUCCUCUGGUUUCCAUCACCCUCAUCAUUUCCAUCACUCAUUUUCUCAACAACAUUUUCCACCAAAUUCAUUGGGUCAUAAUCACUACACUUCAGGUUAUUUCAAUCCCAAUAGUUAUGGCGAUAGUAGUAGUGUUUGUUACUCGCUGAGCAGUAGUGUGGAUUCUAGUUGCUCUUUUGCAAGUCAAUGUUUCAGCCCAAAUGGAGGUUCGUUCAUUCCCUACGACAAAUUAAAUAGAAAAUUUAGAAAAAUUAAACCAUUGGGAGAAGGGUCAUCGAGCACGGUAUCUCUUGUACAACAAGAGAGCACUGGUCUAUGCUUUGCUGAGAAGAUCAUUGAACAUUAUGAAGAACGAGAAUCCAUUGUAAAGAAUGAAGUUAAAUUUCUAUCGAUAUGUAAACCCUGUCCAAACGUUGUGACGCUCUAUGACUGUUUUCAGAAAGGAAAUUCUAUUCACUUGAUUUUGGAAUAUAUGGAAGGAAAUUCUUUGGACAUCAUUGCCAAAAGAUACGGUAAACUUUCAAAGAAACAACGUCAAGCCAUUGAGGAAGAUUUGGAUGCACCUUUACCAGCUCAUCUCUCACCAAUGACCUAUGAGGAUUGUGGUGACUCAGAGUUAAUUACUUAUGACGACGAUUUAGAUGACUUGAAUGGAAAUGAUGUUAUGGAAGAUGAAAUGUUCCCCAUGUCAGAUGUUAACAGUAAGGCGGACAAACAGACAAAGAAACAUCAUUCAGCUCGCAGAAGGCUAUUCGCAGAAGAGACUACUGAUAGUGCUAAAAACAGUGCCAGUGACCGUUGCCGCGGUAUUCCAGAGGAGAUUCUGGGCUUAAUGGUUGUUCAAGUUAUAAGAGCACUUUGCUUCUUAGAUGAACACAAUGUAAUUCAUUCUGACAUUAAGCCUAGCAAUAUUCUUCUCAAUAGGAGAGGCGAAGUGAAAUUGACAGAUUUUGGGCUUUCCACUUAUGCUGAUGUUCCACAGAAUAGACUAGGAUCUUUUGCCUACAUGAGCCCAGAAAAAUUACAACAUGGAAAGCAUAGUCACAAAUCUGAUAUCUAUUCAUUAGGUGUUUCCAUGUUGGAAUUGUCGAAAUGCCAAUUCCCAUUUUCAGAGAGUGGUUUUCAUAUGCACGAAAUUCAAACUCUGGAUGUGGAAAAAUUCGUUGGAGAUUCGCAUUCUUAUGAUUUUAAGGACUUUGUGAAGAAGUGCAUCCAAAUUGAUCCUUCCUCAAGGCUUUGUGCUUCAGAAUUAUUGCAACAUGAAUGGAUGCAACCUUUUAAGAAUUUAGAUAGUGACAUUGUUUGUGCCAAAAUUGCAAAUUGGUACAAUAAACUGUUUUCUUGA